AUGCCCCUCUACCUCUCACAACAUCGCGUACGGUACACUUCCCUCACUCCGCCGGCCGACAAAUGGCGACCAAAGGACCUGUUCAACUUGCAAGCCCGAAUCCAACGAAAUCUGAAGGAUCACAAGAUGCACGCUGUUCAAGUUGGGCAGACUUGGAAUCGGCGCUGUCUCCCCGUCAUCUCUCUCGACAGUGACCGGCUGAUCAUCGGUGCCGGAGGUGAUAUCCUGGUCCACCACCUUGUCCCACCCUCUUCAACGUCCAGUUACUCGCCAUCGACAUCUCCACAGUUCCCGCCCCUCCGCUCCCUUCCCCCGUCACCUACCCACCAGAAGAAGGGGAAGAGAGACAGGACGACGUACGCUCCGAAAGCUGUCGCCUCGGCACACGUCUAUCCUCUCUCGAACCGGAGUGACAGCGACAUUGUCGGUCUGCAUCCCCUUCCCUCUGGCGAAGUGAUUGCGGCACAGUUCGACGGCACACUGCAGCGACUCAACCUCUCGGGUCAGUUGAGGUCUACAGCGCACUACCAACAUCCCAAGGAACACAUCUACGCCCUCUCCGGGUACGACGACCACUUCCUCGCCCUGUCCUACGGCGUCGGCAGCCUCUACAGCGCGCGGUCACCAUGGCUCCCGCCCAUCGAGUUUGAGUUUGAGGAGCGGCCGUGGUCCGGCCUGCUUACCUCUGACAAGGCCUUCGUCGGAAUCCGGGGCGAAGUGGCCAUAUUCAACCUCCGUCCGGACGGAGUCGAAUAUGCCCAGUCCCUGCGUGCCGAUGGCUCUUCCACCCCAGGGACCGAGUCCGACGACGGCGUCAUCGUCAUCGACUCGCUCGACGCACUCGACUCAGCCCUAGGACGGACGGCACGCCGAUCGACGCCGUACUCCAUUGCCCUGGGGAAUGAUCCGUACACGGUGCUGAGUGCGUGGCACGACGGCUUUGCGCGCCUGCACGACCUGCGCACGGGAAGCUGCGAGAUGGAACUGAGCGAUCCGUGGCAGGACGCGCCGCUAUAUUGCGCUUCCUUCCUCGGUGAAAACUCAGUCGCGACCGGCGGGUCGCAGCACGGUAUCGUUUCUGUGUUCGAUAUCCGCACUGCCAAAGGGUAUAGCGUGUUCACGCCCGAGGGCAAGGGGUCCCCGGUCUACGGGAUGGUCGCGGAAGGGGGGAGGGUGUGGGGCGUGAGCGAGCGCCGGGCGUUUGUGUGCGCUUGGGACGAGAGUGGAGAUGCCCGGGGAGGCUUAAGAGCGCAAGACGAUCUGCAGGAAGUCUACGAGGAGCCUAAUGGCCAUUACGGAUACGGACGGGGGAGGGGAGGAGGAAGAGCAAGAGGGAGAGGACGGGAUGGGAAGGACAUUCCCACUGCAUAUCGACGGAGAGGGGGAAAGUGGGGCUGGACGGUCGGAUAUGGAGAGCAUGCCAAGGAGACCUGUAUGGGGUACCGACACGAGGACAAUGGGACGACGCUGUUCGAGACCAAGGUGCCGGUGUAG